GAUUUUAUUGAAGUAUAUUUACAGAAAAAAGGCAAUUUAUCCACAGAACAAAUUAAUGAAUUACGGAAAAGGAAGUUUGUAUUUAUUUUAGAUGGUUAUGAUGAGAUUGCUGAACGUGAACGUCAUUGCUACGAUAGCAAUAUGUUCUCAAAGUGGGAAAAUGCGAAAAUUAUCAUUAGUUGUCGACCAGAGUACUUAAAUCAAGACUAUGAAAAAAUGUUUUGGCCUAAAGAAAACGGAAAAAGAGGGUUCCAAGAACUGAAACUUACACCAUUUUUGUGGGCUGAAAUAGAACAAUAUAUCAAAAAUUAUGUUAGUUAUUCCAAGAAGAAUGGUAAUCCAUUACCAUGGGAUGCAGACAAAUAUAUACAAAAUAUAAAAAAUAUGCCGCAAAUAAAGGAUCUUGUGAGCAAUCCCAUUUUAUUAAAAAUUACUUUGACUGUUUUACCAGGCCUUCUCGUAAAAGGAGGAACAUCUCAAAUAAAUCGUAUAGUUUUGUAUGACGAAUUUAUUAAGAAAUGGUUUGAGCGUGCUCAAGAUCGCUUACAAAAAAUUCAAUUGAAACCUAAAGAACGUGAAGAGUUUGAACGUUUAAAUAAGGAAGGUUUUAUUAAUCAUUGUCUAAAAUUUGGUAAAGAAUUUGCUUUCAAGAU